AUGGGUAAUGAUGUUUCGAAAAAAAAUACAGCUACAAGUGAUAAAGAUCCCAACCUUGAUAAGUCAGGUGAAAUAAAAUUUCAAGAAUAUAUAAAAGCAAAUACUGGAUUUCCGUCGAUUGAUAGCAAUUUAGAUAAAGAAUACCAUCACAAUGUAAUUAUUUUAAAAGCUUGGGGCUCGAAUUUUUUUUCUCCAAUCGAAUCUACCCUAAAAGAUGGUGAUGCCAAAGUUCUUGAUAUUGGUUGUGGAUUUGGCACAUGGGUUUGUGAUAUGGCAAAAACCUAUCCUCUUUCACACUUUACAGGAAUUGAUAUUGUAAAUCGAAAAGACGUUAUGCCUUCGAAUGUCUGCAUUGAACAGGCUGAUGUUUUAAAGGAAUUGCAAUAUCUAGAUUGUUCAUUUGAUUAUAUUCACAUAAAAGACAUUCUAUGGUCUAUUUCAUCAAAAGAUGCACAGACUAAAUUAUUUCCAGAAUUAUUACGAAUUUUAAAACCUGGUGGAUGGAUCGAGAAUGUGGAAUUUGAUAUGAAAGUCAUAAAUCCUGGUCCUAACACAAAAUUCCUUGCUGACGCAUUGUUUAGUUUCCUUCGAAAUAAGGGUGUUUGCUCUGAAGACUUUUACAAAAAUGCAGUCAAAUUAUUUAAAGAUAAUAAUCUUGAAUAUCAAUUUGACGAAAGAAUAUUAUAUUUUACUGAUCAUGAUGAGAUAAAACAGAAAUUCAUAACCUUUUUUGAAGUUGUAAAAUCCAUGAUUCUUGAAUAUACAAGCAUUAGUUACAAAAAGUACGAUGAAAUGCUUGAUAAAUCUAGUGUUGAACUAGAUGAAUAUAACACCUCAUUUCGGUUGAUAAGACAUUUCGGAAAAAAACUUUAA